AUGAUCCUCUCGACUUCGACAGUUAUACUUUUCUGUUUUGCAAACCAAUUACCGACAGCAAAUGCUCAAGUUACCUAUAACUGGCCACAGAGAUCGUGGGGAAGAGUUAUUGCCGGUGCUAUUGUUGGAGGAGUCGCUGGGCUGUUUCUUCUAUGUAUCUUACUACGCCUAAUUCAGAGAAGGCGUGUAAUGCGAGCCAACCCUGGCGCUCAACCCAACUUCUUUUACGGGAAGCCAAUGUUUGGGGGCCCUUGGGGUCGUUCAAAUGGAACAGCAAUCCCUCCGCCUCCAGUCGGACAGGUCAACAGCGGUGGACCUAGUUAUAAUCGCGGAAACUCGUUUGGAAAUACCGGACCCGUCUACAAUCGCGGGAGUUCCUUUAAUGCACCAUAUAGCUCCACACCACCCGCUAUCACAGAAUAUCCGGCCCCAAAUGCUCCACUUCCUCCACCAGCAUAUGGUCAGGAUGCAAACUAUGAAGGACAAUAUGCUCCACCUUCCGGUGCGCCUCCACCCGUCAACUCUGUUAAUCAUGCAAACUACGCCCCUCCUGUUUCACCUCCUGCUGCACAUACAACAGGACAAGAUAACACAUUCGUCGGAGGAUUUCGUUCUUAG